CGACCCACCCACCCUCCCCCUCUCUGUCUCACCCCCCAACAGUCCAACGAAUACCAGUUUGACCCCACCACCGGAGAAGAGCUCUUCCGGUCUCCCGCUCCCGUCCGCCCACCCUCUUCCUCCACCGCCCCCCCCCCCCCCCCGCCGCCGGAGAUCGGAGGCCUCGAGCUUGUUCCUCCUUCUCCUCCUCCUCGUUUCUCCAGCGGCGAGAAGGCGAUGAUCUGAUCCCCCUCUCCCUCUCGAUCCGGACAGAGCACAAAGGGAAGCGAUUACCAUGGGCUGCGUUGGAUCCACCCAGAGCAGAGGCGAAGAGAAUACUACCAAAAAACUCCGUAAGCCAAAACCAUGGAAGCAUACUCAGCCAAUAACCAGGACACAGCUUAAACAGAUGCGUGACGAAUUUUGGGAUACAGCACCUCACUAUGGUGGCCAGAAAGAAAUUUGGGAUGCACUCCGAGCUACAGCAGAAGCUGAUUUAACCCUUGCACAAGCAAUAGUGGACAGUGCUGGUAUCAUUGUUUCAAAUGCUGACAUGACUCUUUGUUAUGAUGAAAGGGGUGCUAAGUAUGAAUUGCCCAAGUAUGUUUUGAGUGAGCCUACAAAUUUGAUCCGGGAUAGUUGACCGAAGUCAGGAGCUCAAGCAUGAAUAAGUCGUUAUUGUACAUCAUGCUUCUACCUGCUGGAGCUCACUAUAAUACAACCGUGCCUUCUGUAAUGGUCAAUUUAUGUAUUCCCGGAUAUUCCAUUUCCAACUUGUUUUUGUUUUCUUGAUGUUAAUGUCUGUUUUGAGAUUUAGGAGUGGCUUUCAUGCAGUGAGGAAUGCAAUGAACUCUUAUAUAGUCAGAGAAUUCCUCUUAUAAUGUUGUGCGACUUUUAUCUAUCUAUUUAUUUGUUUAUUUAUUUGACCAGGCAAAAGAGGGUAUACUCUGUGGUUGUCUUCAUCUUGCAUCAAACGAAGCUGAUGGGCUUAUGGUGAUUGAGAGUAACUUAAUAGCCGCAAUGUCUUUGUCAGAAUAAUUAAGGGAUCUUCCUGGCUUAUGUGUGCAUGCUAGAAGAUGCGAUUGUUGAAAAAAAUUAUUUUUCUGUCCGCAGAGCUCAGAAUGGAUGGAGCAAUCCGACAGGUGGAAGUCAACGGUAAUGUAUUCUUUUUAUUUUGAAUUGAGAUUUCUGCAAGUAUAACCUUAAAAAUAUUCUAAGUGCUCUUGGGAUUUCGGUAUGUAAUAGAUUAUCUUAUGAAUGGGCAAUGUGCUUCAAGGUUUUCCCGGCA